AUUUCCCUCUAUAUAUCUGCAGACAGUUAGAUUGGGCAUCUGUCUGUUUCUUCAAGCGUCUCUCCUGCAAACACUCAGCUAACACACAGUGAGAAGAUACUCAACUUAUUAAGAGAAAUGCACUGGCAUAGAAAGAGCUGGACUUGGUCCAUUACAUUGUGUACACUUGCGUCCUGCUUGGUCCUCAGUGGUGCUCAGCAUGAACCGGGCUACUGUGCGUUUUAUGAGGAAUGUGGCCUAAACCCUGAUGUGAGUGAGUCCCUCAUUCCCCCGAAGAUUCCAUGUAAGGACUACAGAAAAACAGUGAGUGUGACGGGAGACCAUUACAAGCUUUUAGAGAGCGUGUGUCCGAUGUUGGCCAAGGGUGAAGGUCGGACCCACGCCUGCUGCUCUGUGAAACAGCUCUCCGCUUUGAGAACCAGCCUGAUGCUGUCUAAAGCCGUGCUGGUCCGCUGCCCAUCAUGCGCUGACAACUUUGUACACAUUCACUGUAUUACCACCUGCAGUCCAAAUCAAAGCCAGAUAUUAAAAAUCACCAAAACUGCCAACAUCACCCAACCCCUGGGUAAUGUAAAGGAAGCAGUGACUGGUUACGAGACUUAUGUUUCGACCAGCUUCUCAGACGCAGCUUUUAGGUCCUGCCAAAACGUACGAAUCCCAGGCACGGGAGAGUUUGCCAUCGGCACUAUGUGCGGCCAGUACGGCUCGACACUGUGCACACCGCAACGCUGGUAUGAUUUCCAAGGCGACUCUAGCAACGGACUGGCGCCCUUAGAUAUCAAUUUUAAGCUCUUACCAGAAGGUCAAACAUCUGGGAUUCCACCAGGAGCUGUGCUGUUUUCAGAAAAAGCAUUGAAUUGCAAUGAGCCCACACCCACAGGUUGGGAAGCUUGCUCGUGCCAGGACUGCGUGCAGUCAUGUCCGGCCGUACCACAGCCAGGCCAGAAAACCAAUGUUAUCCCAAAAAUUUAACUUUUCUUUCCUUUACCAGUUUAUCUCUGAUUCCCUCCCUCAUGCAUGCCUAAAAACAUAUCUUUUUGUGAGUGAGUGAAUAAAUGAAUUAAUUGUUUUCAUUCACAGGGGAUGUGUACAUAAACUUAAUCAGUAUCAGUAGCAUAGACAGACAACAUACAGUACAGAUUUGAGAUGUCUUUUGUAUUUGAUUCUGAAUUGCUUAAAUGUUGAACAAAAUCAAGUGUGUUUGUUUAGGAAACAUUUAAACUUUAGGGUAGCAUUAGGGUCCUGCAGGAACACGUCUGCACUAGAGCUUUUCUUCUGUAAGUCACAUGACUUCAUGUCAAUGCAUGUUGGUUUUUCUUCUCCCAUGUUAUCUUUUGUGCUUUUUAGAUGACGUUAGUUCACAUUUUUCUUUUUCCUAGUAAGCCAUAGUUUCAUUUACUUUCACGAUAUGGAGCAUUGUGUUCAGUGAAAAAAUUAAAAUCAGGCCGG